AUGCCCGGAAGUGACGCAUUAACGUGCUGUGCUUUCUGAAAGAAAUCAAUGGAAGGGUGCCAGUGAUCAUGCUUUAUUUAAAAUAAUAAAUAACUAGGCCCUUUUUCGCAAAGGCUGCAUCAUCUGGGAAACAUCUGUACAACAUUCAGCCAAAAGACGGUUUGAACUUGGAUUUGUGUGGAUAUGGCAGCUUCUUUACCUCAGAAGCCAGGGAUGGCAGGUAUGCCCUCACAGCAGCAGCAGCAGCCUCCUCAUCUGCCCCCCGGUGCUGCCCCAAGUGCAGGUCAGCAGCCCAUGCCUCCUCAGGGAGCCCUUAGGGAGAUCUCCCCGGUGUUCCUCUGCAGGAUCGGACAGGAGACUGUACAAGAUAUUGUCACACGCACUAUGGAGAUCUUCCAGAUUACACGAGCCACACAGCUUCCUAAUGGGGUGACUCAGAGCCAGGCAACGUAUCAGGACCGCUUUGGGAAGCUCCAGGAACACCUUCGGCAGCUCACUCUGCUCUUCAAAAAACUCCGACUGCUGUAUGAACGCUGUGUGGAAAUGACCUCUGACCUGAAGGAGGGACCAGCUGAGCUUGUGCCGUACGCUGGAGAGGAGCUGGUUUCUGUCAGAGUGGAGCCCUGCAGUCCUGCUGUCAUCCAGGAAAGAAACGAGGUCCUAGAGAAAUUGCGCCAGAAGAACCAGGAGAUGAAGGUUCUGAUGGACCAGAUGAGGAACCUUCUGUGGGACAUCAAUGCUAUGCUGACACUUAGAAAAUGAUGGCUCUGAAUGAGACUUGCGCACUUGUUUCUUAGCUCUGCACUCCUCUGCGGGUGAAGGAACUUUAAGACGGCAAAGACCAGGUGAAAUAAGGGAACUUCUGUAGGAUUUAUGGGACCUUCCGCCUACUCUGAGCUGGCACUUCAUCACUGAAACUCAUAAUUUACUUGCACCUUUUCAUCUAAGAGCCCGUGUUGUUUGUUGUAUUGGAGCCGAUAAGAGGGAAAUCAUAAACAAGGCAGGAAUAAGGUAUCGAGUCAAAGCCAAAAACAGGAUAAGCUGACACACAUUCUAACAGUCAUCCUCUUCUUUUGUAUGAGGCAGCUGAUAACCCAAUUUUCAUUUGGAAAGUGCUCUGCAACUGUUUUGUAACUACUUAAAUAAGUUAUAGACUUUUGUUCAAACUGAUGAAAUAAUAAGUUGGAACCUGGAUGGCCUCAGGUAACAAAAAGCACAGAAGAGAAAGAAGCCUAAACUGCCUAUUCAUGGUGUUCUGCCUCCAGGUGCUGACUUGACACCAGACAGACUUGAAUUCAUUGCAGGUAAUUCUUCCACAAAGCACAGAAGCUGAUCUGAUAUGUUUGUUUACAAUAAGAACAAUUGCCCAUAUUUGUGCUCUGUCAGUUGUAAAACACUGUGGGUUCAGAAUUCCAAUCGGCCCUUUGGCAGCUAUGUAUCUCAGGUGCUUUGUACAUAAGUGUGUGCAUGUGCUUAAUGAGAUUAGCUUCCUGAGUGCUACACAUCACACCUGUUUGCCCUGAGGGUGUUGAGACUUGCUUACCUGUGAAUUUAUUUUUGUAAACUGUACUACAAAUGGUUGGUGUACUGGGUAUUUGUUUUUUAAUAAACUUCUUUUUUUGAAACAAA